GCAUUUGAACCCCCAAAGGCUAAUUGUCGACUCUUGAAUCCAUCCAGCUGCCUCAUACUAAUACAAGUCUGCCUCAACUAUACAGUGGUCAUGUCUACACGGAGCAAGAAUAGUCGCAACCAGGUGCAGUUAAUCCACGCCGACAAAACGGUACCAACAAAAUCCAACAGCCAACAAACACUGGCGGGUGUGCUCCAAGAAGAGUGCCCGAAUCUGGCCAACGGUGCACGCUUUGUUCCCUCACCGCUUGUUCCUGGUCCUCAUGCCCAGACAAUAUACGCAUUCUUGGCAUACUAUGUCUAUUACGCUGAAAGCAUCAUGUUCCCAAAGUUUACUCGUGAGCUGUUCAAGUUGCCCGACGGCGGCACGCUGGCGCUGGAUUGGGCGCGCUGCAAUAACUACACAGAGAGGCCGGUUGUGGUCAUUAUUUCGGGUGUAACUGGCACAAGCAACGACUUUUAUGUGCGGAGGUGCUAUGCUGCACUGAUAAAGCUAGACUACUCGGUGGUCGUCGUGCAUAGCCGGGGAUGCGGCGGAUCGAAGCUGACAUCACCGAUGCCAUUUCACUGCGGAUAUACUGGUGACUACCGUGAGGUUGUUGCUCAUCUGCACACCAGACCUCCCAAACUGCAGGCUGCUGGGGCUCGGGUUCUCUCUGGGUGCAAACAUUCUUGCAAACCUAUCGCUGUCGGCAACCCGUAUAACCUCUACAAGGUCGUCGUGCAUCUCGACUCGCAGUUUAUCCUCCAUCCCAGCAAGGUCUAUGGAGUGGCGAUCCUGAACUUUUUGAAAACCGCAUUUGCCACUAACAAACAGCAGAUCCUGGAGGCACCUAUCAAACUAGAUGAGGACAGGAUCCGGUGUGCGGCUACGCUGGUCGAAUUCACCGAGGCGAUGACGCGGCGGGUGUAUGGUUAUCCGUCUGCAAAAGCCCUGCUUGAGGACUCGAACAGUGGCGAUUUUUUGCACAACAUCCAGAUCCCAAUGCUGUUCUUGAACUCGCUGGAUGACCCAAUUUGUGCCAACCCGCAUAUUGUCCUUGGAUUGACGGAGCAUGGAGGACACAUCGGGUAUAUGGGGCGCACAUGGCCCACAUCGUGGAUCGAGCUGCCUGUGGCCCAGUUCUUCCAGUGCGCCCUAAAGCACUAUGGCUGAGUCCUCUCAGCAGUUACGGCUUCUGCGCGGAGUAGCAUGACGCUUCAGGCUAUUUAAAUAUAUUGCCCAUCCAACCAGCAGUCUUGGAGUAG